GGAGGAGAGGAAUUGCCUUCUUUCUCUCUCUCGCUCAGUCUGACCCUACACAAACCUGCACCAAGUUCCAGCACAUCCCGAUCCACUGCUCUCUGCUCAGGGCACCCAGGGGGCACCACCAGAAUGGAUAUCAAAGAAGGGGACAUGAUAGACAGAGGAACAUCUGCCAGCGGAGUGGUGGUACAGGUCAGAGAGAAGAAGGGACCCCUGAGAGCUGCCAUCCCUUACAUGCCAUUCCCUGUGGCUGUCAUCUGCCUCUUCCUCAACACCUUUGUGCCAGGGCUGGGAACGUUUGUAUCAGCUUUCACUGUACUGUGUGGGGCCAGGACAGACCUACCGGACAGACACAUGUGUUGCGUCUUCUGGCUAAACAUCGCCGCCGCUCUUAUCCAAAUCCUCACGGCGAUCGUAAUGGUGGGGUGGAUCAUGAGUAUAUUCUGGGGAAUGGACAUGGUCAUCCUUGCAAUCUCACAAGGGUACAAAGACCAGGGGAUUCCUCAGCAGCUGUAAAUUGGUCAAAUCCCUCCUCUCCCCGGCAUCUCUACUCAGUAUUUACAACGUGUAUCUUCCCCUUUGGAGCUCGGCAAUGAACUAUGAGGAUCUGGACCACAUGUGUUUCAGUGGUGGAAGAUUUACAGAUCACCCCCUGUAUAACCAAAUCUUCGCUCAAAAUUGGAAUUUUAUGUAGAAUUUUUUGCUUUAUUAGGGAUUAUAAUACGAGUAUCUGGAUUUCACUAGUAUCCAGCCCUACUGGCACUGUUGUUCUGCUUCCAUUGGUACCAAACCUGACUAUUAUCAGUACCCAAGUUCUGUACCAAACAUCAGUGGCCAGUGGUAGAGAAAUGGCUUCCACUCACAAGAAUAUGGCUUCCAGCCCAAGGAAUCAACUCCCUGCAGGAAUCAGAGAAGGAUCAUAUCACUGACACUCUUCUUGUUUUUUUCCUUAUUUACAGGAGCUACAAAGGGCAAACAAAGCCCUCUCACCAGUAUAUUCAUGUAUUAAUUGUGUUUCUUACUUGUUGGAUGGACAGUAUGGCAGAUACUCCACUCUAACUAAUAUAUAUAUAUAGCUAUAAGGAAAUGUAUUACUUGGUAUCUUGGUUGUAGAGCAGAAAGACAAGUAUCAGUGGCCAGAAAAAAACAUUUUAAUAUUGUACUUUUUUAUAGACGAUUAAAAAGGGACUUUGUACUGACAGUGAACUUGGAAAUAACCAUAUCCUAUCAGUCCAUGUGUUAUUCAGCCACUAGGAGGAGCAGUUUCAUUGUGAUAUAUAAAGUUAUAUAAGGGAUUUUUACUUAGCGAAUGCAGUAUGGCAGGUCUCAUUGCUAUUUAAUUUAAUAGUAGUAAUUCGUAGUUGAACAGCCACAUUUGGAACAUCCUAAAUGCCUGGCCACACCCAGUUACACCUUGACCACACCCAGUUCCAUAAUAGCCACACCCCUGCCUAUUAUAUCAUUAGGGGUGACAGUGCUGCCUGAUUUUGCACGUAACCAGUUCACUUACCUUCAUCAGUCAUUAAAUGUGAUAUUUCAUGUUUCAAGUGUUCCCUUUAAUUGUGCUUUCUGUACCAAAUAGUGAUAUUUUAAGGGAAUUUGCAAUCUUUCAUUGUGGGAUUUUUAAUUGUCUAUAUUUUUUGUUCUGUGAUCUUCAGUUUUGACAUUUUGGGCCCCAUUUAGGGCCACCAUUGGGAGAGUAAUGUACUGAUGGCCCUGUGGGAGAGGGGGUCCCAAAAGAUGUGAAAGCUGAGGUUGUAAACGAGGGGGUUCUGCAUAAUGGGGCAGAACAGGGAAGUGGUACUUAGGGGCCAUUUUUUAUGUUGGAACCCAUUCUACAUGUUGGUAGGGCCCUCCCCAAGGGUCACGUUAAACCAAAGGGAAACAAAUUUGAAAAAAAAAUAGGAAGUUAAUACAAAGCUGCUUAAAGGUUAAGUUCCCCUUAAAUAGCAAAGAUCUGUCAAAUCUAUGGAAUUUGUUGGAUACUGCCAGAAAGACUCAGCCGCUUCAUAACAGACAUUUCCCAUGAACUCUGACUGCAGCAAAGGGCUUAUUCUGUGUUGGCUAAAUGUCACAUGGAGCUAAAAUUGGCUCAUGAGUCAGAUCUCACAACAGCGCCAGGGAUAUCUGUCCAGGCAGCCUGUCUCUGAGAUGCUCCAUAGAGUAGAUCCAGCAGCAGACUCGUUGCCUGACAUACGGACAUGUCCGUCCAGCUGCAAAUGUCACUGCCAUUGCCCCUUCUGCCUUAGUGACUGCCGAGAAUCAAGAUUAUUGGGUGCAUCUAUUUAGUGCAAAGGGUAAGAUAAUGUUAAAAUAAUAAUCUCCCUGUGAGUUGGGAAUGGUUGUGCAACACUGGACCAACGUACAUAUUCACAGAAGGGCCCAAGAAAAAAAGUAAGCGAUUAUUACCCAAAUACAGUAGAUUUGGCUUUCCUUGUCCUUUAAUUCCACUGCUAUGUAGGAAGCCAUUGCUUAUACAGACUCCUCUGGAUACAAUGUAUCUAAAUAGAGUAUUGGUGGGACCAAACACACACACAGAGAGCCUUACAAGCCGUUUUUGACACGUAAGUCGUACUUUUCUUUGAAGUGUAGGGUGAACGCAUCAGCCAAGCAGCAAUAUGGCAGCUUCCAGUCUUCUGUUCUGUCAUAGUGUUGCCUUAGCUGAGGAACACUCCAUAGACUUGAAGGCAUUUUGUAACGAAAUAUCAUGAACCGGUAGUUGACGGUGAUGUUUUAUACAUGUCUACAGAGAAUCCUUUAAAGAACAUUAUGGCAGCUCCCAUAUAAGUGGGUGCCUUUCAGGGGACCAGUCUCAAUGACUCAGAAUGCCAUGAAAGGGGCAGUGCUUACUACAAAACAGAUGGGGAUUGGCCACCAUGGUUUCUAACGGCAGCCCUGGUCCCCGCCCACUUGUACGUAUACUUUAAAUACAAUAAGGCUGUCUAUUCAGUGGAUAUGUUUAAAAAAAAAAAAAGAAUGAUCCCUCAGGGUCAAAGAGAAACUUAGAACCACAGACUGGUACUUUCAUGGGGGGGGGGGUACACUAAUGCCCUCGGUUUAAUCUGGUUUUGUACAUACCACGGGGCUGCCGAUGUACAUUACACUGUAAAUAAUGUUAUUCUUGUAACCAAUGAUACAAAGCAUGAGGGUGAUUUUUUUUCUGUGUUUUCUAAUGUUUUUUAACAGAGAGCGUCCAUGUUUGGAGGCUCCGCCCUCCUCCUUUGUAUUUAAUAAAAUGUUAUUGUGA